AUGUCAAUUGUCAAAUCAAGUCAAAUCUACUGAGCUGUGCUCGAGGCUGUCAAUAUUUAUUGGAUAACCAAAAUUAACAAUAUAAAUAAUAUAAUAAAUAAUAAUUAUUUUAAAACCAGAGAAUUGUAAUGAGUACGGUUUAUUUUUAUCGAUAUUUAAUUAUUUUUUAAAUAUACUUAUUUUUAAGCUUACCUACUAUAAGUAUUGCUUUUUCACACCAUAAUAAUAUAACUGUAUAAUUUUUUAUGUGGUAUUUAUGAAGAUUUAAUUGUAAAAACAAAACCUCCUAAAGUAAGCAGGAUGCUUAUUUUAAAAAACGCAGUAGUUGCACAUAACAUCUUUUAUUCAAGACUUUUUAAAAAUAGUUUUAUCAAGUGUUGUAGUGUCAAAUCAUAUUCUAAAAGUCUCAUCUUUGGUAUUGAGACCUCUUGUGAUGACACCGGUUGUGCUAUUAUCGAUGAUAAUGGUCAACUUUUAUCAGAAAAAUUGUAUUGUCAAAAUUUGGUACAUUUGCGAAAUGGAGGUAUAAUUCCAGAUGUAGCUCAAGAUUUGCAUAGAAGAUAUAUUGAACCAACUGUCAAUGAUACCCUUGAACAGGCAAAUGUUUAUAUGGAAGAUAUUAGUGCUAUAGCAGUCACACUCCAACCAGGCUUACCACUCAGUCUUGCUAUAGGAAUGAAAUAUGCCAAACAUCUGUCAAGGAAGUUUAAUAAACCUCUGAUACCAAUUCACCAUAUGGAGGCUCAUGCUUUGGUUGCUAGGAUGGAACAUGGUAUUUCUUUUCCUUAUCUAACAUUACUUAUAUCUGGAGGACAUUGUCUAUUAGCUGUUGUAGAAGAUGUGAAUAAAUUUAUGUUAUUAGGACAAAGUAUGGAUUUAGCACCUGGUGAAGUGUUUGAUAAGGUUUCUAGAAGAAUGAAACUGCGCAACAUACCUGAAUAUUCUAAAAUGUCAGGUGGCCAGGCUGUAGAAGUGGCUGCAUCAAAAGCAACAAAUCCACACAUGUUCAAAUUGCCUUUACCAUUAGUAGAAUAUAAAGAUUGUAAUUUUAGUUUUAAUGGGUUGAAAACAGCGACUACGCUUAACCUGUUUAGAAAAGAAAGGGAACAUAAAAUCGAAGCAGAUGGAUUAAUACCUGAAGUUAAUGACUUGUGUGCAGCUUUAUUGAUGGCUAUUAGUAGACAUCUUGUUCACAGAACUCAGAGAGCUAUAGAGUUUUGUAGGCAACGGAAUUUGAUACCUAUGGAUAAAGGGCAAUUAGUUGUUUCAGGUGGUGUAGCCUGUAAUAAUUUUAUUUUUAAAAAUCUUAAUGUUUUGUGUGAUGAAGUUGGAUAUAAAAUUUACAGACCUUCAUCAAAAUUAUGCACUGACAACGGUGUCAUGAUAGCAUGGAAUGGUCUUGAGAAGUGGAAAAGAGGUAUAGAUAUAGUGACAGAUUUAUACAGCUUAGACUUAAAGGCUGUUAGUCCAUUAGGUGAAAAUCUAAUUCCUGAAGUAUGUGAGGCAAAAAUUCCAAUGAAAUUAUUGAAAAUAAAAAUGAAAACUUACCUUUUCUUUUUAUUUAAUCUUAAGCAUAGCUCUUAG